AUGACCGCCGGAUCGCGGCGGACCGUCCCAUACCCCAGCUGGCUGUAUGACCACUGUCAAGAAAAGGGCUACAUCUUCAUCUCCGCCGACUACCGUCUGUGUCAUCCGACCACCACUCUGGAUCAAAUUGACGAUGCCAAAGCCUUGUUCAAAUUCCUCGCUGGGGACUUCACCCAGCACCUGCCCCAGUCAGUGACGCUAGACACCGCCCGCAUAGCCGUCAGCGGCUUCUCCGCGGGCGCAUAUUCGGCCCGGGCGGCAUGCGUCUAUGCCCAUCCCAAACCGGCUGUCCUCUUAUCCGUCUACGGUCUCGGUGGGGACCUGUUACUGAACCACUGGACUCGUGGCCGACCACCAACAUCGAUUGCCAAAUUUGCUGAUCUGGACGAAUAUCCUCGACUAUUUGCUGAUCAAACUGUUAUCAGUGAUGAUAGCGAGGGGGGAACAGGAUUUUCGAAUCGCUUCACACUGACGGUGCGGUGGGAACUCGACGGCACGAUGCUGGAUGGGUGCUUUGGUGCGCCUGGAUUGGGUGCGAAGUUGAACGCUCUGGAAUAUUCGCAGCGGGAUGCGGCUGUUCCGGAGGACUUAAAGCCUGGAUUCUUGCAGUCUUUUGUCACGGAGAAUUAUCCCCCGUCUGUCUUUGUGCAUGGAACGGCUGACGAGGUCGUUCCGGAUCAAGAGAGUGUCCAUCAUCACGAGCAGCUUGUCAAGCUGGGAGUCAAGUCCAAACUCUGCUUGGUCAAGGAUGGGCCUCACGGGCUGGGUGACUUCUCUGCUGUUGAUGAGACGGGGUCUAACAGUACGGCAGCGGCAUAUAAAGAUGCUCUUGAUUUUAUUGAGGGCGCAUUUUCCGCAGUCUAG